CUGAUGAUGAUGGUGAGUAAUACCGUCGUCCUUCGGUGAAAUCUACCGUAGCUUUGGAAGAUCGUGGACACGUCAGAAAACCACGGGAAUAUGAGAACCACGCCAGCGGAAAUCGUGGUUUGACUGAAGAUCCACGGAAAAUUUGCCCAGUGUAAUAGCCCUUUCACGCUUCCUGUCAGUGUCUUCCGAGCCUGAAGCCUGACUCGCGGCGUUGGCAGGUGGAUCCAUCGCGGUGCCUCAUUGAUAUAAUUGGGCUCGUGUUGCCUAACCAUUCCCCGGCAGCUGUUCUCGCUCGUAGCCUUGACGAGACGCACCAGCAAUCAUUCCCUAAUAAUACAAGUUCUUCCCGGUGGCAGUGUUUAUAUGAGUGCCUGGCCGGUGUUUCUGUGGCUUCCCUGCGUUCACUUACUCCGCCGGCUUAUUUUCGUAAAGUCGUGCGUUAUCUGUUUCUCAAUCACUUAGAGACUCGCACAUCAAACACGCCUCAAACGGCCCCGCAGCGCCACCAACCGGUAUCUUCAGCACUGCAGGGAAAGAAAUUGAUAAAAAUAAAAGUAAUGAAAGUGUACGCCAAGCUUCCCUCUCUCUUUUCCUGAUGGUCAGUAUUGUAGUGUGACCGCCCAAGGCUACUGAUUCGAGGCAGACGGCGGCCAGUCAGUCUAGCGGUUAAUUCUCCCAUACAGUCUGACUCGUAACGAAAUAGUGCAACUUGGAUGUUGGGGAGGUGGUGUCCGAGUGGCUGCCGGGAUGUGUGACUCUUGCUUGGCCAUGCUGCCCCCCAGUGCUCCACUUGAACGAAGUCGCUGAAGUUAGGGUUGAUUGAAGAUUUCGGCAGCAUGUGGGUAAUCUUCUGCCACUCGACGAUAAUUGAAAAUUGUCAACGUCCUUCGGUGGGACUCGAACCUAGGUCCUCUGGCUUAGUGGUCAGGGCCAGCACCUAAAAAUUAAAAAAAAAUAUUUGGCUCCGGGUAAAGUCUUCGUACUCUUUACAGGCUCUCAGGACACGGAGACAAAGUCGAACGCUAAAGCAAUGUGAGUCUCGGCAGCCUGACAAUGUGCGGCUGAAUGAAUGAAUGGGAAGCAGAGACUGGAAAGCAGACAAUAUGAAGCAGAUAAUGGGAAGCUGAUUGCCAACUAGUUCAUUUGAUUUCUUUCAGACCGAACUUGUCCUCCUCCGGCAACAACAGUAAAAUGCCGUCCGCAACACUCCCGCGUGGCCUGCUGCUGCCUCUGCUCCUGCUGGCGGCGGCGGCAGCGUCAUGCUGUGCCUCCGCUGUGUCCGGCAUCACCAUCUCCCCGGUGCCGAUCGUCGUCAAAUCCCCGGGGCCGGCCAUCAAGUCCGCGCGGCCCGCCCUGAAAUCCCCGCGACCCAUCAUCACGUCCCCGCGGCCCAUCGUCACGUCCCUACGGCCCAUUGUCACCUCCCCGCAGCCUACCGUGAAGUCCCCGCGGCCCGUCAUCAAGGCCCUGCGCCCAGCUAUCAAGGUGGUGGACCCGAAGAAGAGGGAGGCGGCGGGUCUGCCCGUCAAUCAGUACCUCCAGUUUGGUGAUGUGUUUGACCAGAACGUUGGGGACGACUUUGGUCUGCGGCCAGGCUUCGGGGCAAACGGGGGGCACGCGGGAGGCUUCGGGGGGAACGCGGGGGGCUUCGGGGGGAACGCGGGGAUUUUCGCGGGGAACGUGGGGGGCUUCGGGGCGCAGCACACCAUUACGCGACUCAGCACCGCCACCCUCACCCACACCAGCUACGACCAGAUUGAGUUGACCAAAACCGUGACGGACACGUCGGUGAGCUACGUGACGCACUACAGCACGCAGUACAUCACCCAGACGACGCCGCUGUCCGUCUACAACACGCAGUACGAGACGGUGUACCGGACACAGUACAUCACUGAGACCGAGUUCCAGAACGUGCCCGCGUACACCACCUUCACGGAGACGCAGUACCUCACCGACUACCAGACCGACACGUCCCUGGUGGAGGUACCCGUGUACAGCACCAUCUUCACCACCGUCUACCACACCAAGUAUCGCACCGAGUACUUCACAGACACGGAUACGGUGCAGGUCCCCGUGUACACCACCUUCUACACCACCUUCACGGAGACCUCCCACAUCCCCACCUUGAUCACGGAGACCCACUACGACACCGAGUACGUCACCUCCACCACCUUCGUCACCACCGUCGCCGUUGACUACACCACCAUCACCACGCACGUCACCACCACCUCCUUCCAAGACGUGUACGUGACCAAAACGCACCCAGUCCCCGCUUACAUCACCAACACCGAAUACAACCAAGUCCUUAUCACGCAGACGGAGACGCGGCCGGAGUACAUCACCACCACCAGUCUUCGUGAGGUGGUGGUGACGCAGACGACCACUGUGCCUCUCUACCUCACCACCACGGCCAUCUCGGAGAUCCACCUCACCACCACGCACCCUAUCAACAACUACAUCACCACCACCGUGCCGGCCUAUGUGGUGAGCACAGUGGACCGCUACAUCACCACCACCGUGCCCUACUACGUCACCCGGACCGCCACAGCACAGGUACCCGUGAGCCGCCCCCUCGCUGCCUCCCCACCCCGCGGCAACUUCUACACGUACUACGUGUGACUCCGAACUGACGUGCCCCAGCAGUGACUACCCUCCCUUACCCCUUGAUACCCACCUCCCUUUCCUCCCCUGACACGUAUUACUCCAAGCUGACGUGCCCGCAGUUGUGACUAUCCUCCCCCUGCCCCUCAGCACCCUCCCUCCCUUCCUCCCUGACACCCCCCCCUCCCCCCGUCCCUCCUUCCUGCCUUCCUGACUCUUCACCUUGUCCCUCUCCUUCGUUAUACCUUCUCAUCACUUCACUAUUUCGUGACGUGAUGAUGUUAACCUCCCGCCACCUCCCCCUGACCUGUCCACUCCUUUCCCCAAUCCCUUCCUCAUUCGUGGUGUUACUUCUCCGUCACUUUGUUUUUUUGUUACAUGUGAUAAAGCAGCUUCCUCCCCUCCCUUUCCCUGACCAGUGCCCGUCCCUCCCUCUCUUGUGAAAAACUCUUGCCACUUUAUUGCGUCGUGAUGACGUUAUACAACAUACACCAGACCAAGACCAAGACCAUUCUCUUUAUGAAGUACCCUUCCUUGCCCCUUCCACUCCCUCCUUGGUCCCCAUCUCGAUACUUCCCCGUGCCACCUGCUUUCCCCUCCCUCCCCCUUUCCUACCGACAUGUUCCAGUCGAUCAGUAAUGAACUAAUGAAGUAAUCAGUAAUUAGGAUUGCGAGAAAGAUUUUGCUAGAUAAUAAUGAGUAGGAAAUGACGUACCUCCACUUUCCCCCAGAUCUUCCUGUUUCAAAAUAAGAGCUCGGUGGUUGUUAUCUAAGCCCCAUAAAUCUUCCAAAUGAUUGUUCACUUGGCGUCUCCCCUGACUGACCAUGUGUGUGUAUGUGUGUGUGUGUGUGUGUGUGUGUAAUAGACAGUAUUUACUUUGAAUGUUUAUUGUUGUAUGUUCACACGCACACUGAUUGCUUCUUUCACCCAGCACACAAGUUGUUUCUGCCUCGCCUUGCUGCCAUCCCAGUCUAGUCUCCGCUUCGCACACAGCCUCGUAUUCUCAGACAUCUUCGGCUCUCACAACAAAUAUUUCCAAAGGUCACAAAGGCGAUUAGUUGGGUUUUCACAAAUGUUUUUCACAUUCAUGGUGCAGAAUCCUUGUCAAACUAUCACGAGGCUCAUAACACGACCCAUGGAAAUAAUUACACCACAACCUCUACGAAAGCCUUACUAAAUAUGUGUGAGUAAGCCCAGAAAUGUUUGAGAGUACAGUCUACAGUAGUACUUAUUGUGAUAUUUUAUCACUCAUUUAAUACCGCUAUGUUGAUCGCUUUGCUGACCGCCUGAACAACGGCACACUGAAACAUGAUAUAAAACCAUGCACAGCUGAGAACUUCACACAGUGAGCAAACAUGCCACAAGAAAAUAAACUAAAAAUAAACUGGUCCAGAGUAAACAACUAAGCCACACAUUUAUUUCCCGGUGUGAUGCGUCUCUCCCACGACCUGCAGCCACAACCACCGCCGCAACAACCACAGCAGCUACCACAAAUACCAUUCCGACUCUACCGACCGCUCGGCCCAGGGAUUGCACGGAUUGCCCGGCAGACGAAUGACGAGGAAAGAACAGAACGAUGGCUGUGGUGAGGAGGCGGCUGAGCGGUGUGUGGUGUGGGGAUUGUAGGAUUAUAGUUUUAUCUCACAGUGUAAAAGCUGUUGGGACAUUCUCGACAAGUUGGGUGAAGGAGGAGGAAGGAAACAAGGGUGUAUUGAAGUGAGUGUAUUCCCAACUAGUUGUUAAACUUAAACCGGGGGGGCCCCCUCCACACACACUGCGAUACCUGUUGUGGCGUCAGUGUUGUAAAUUGUAAAUAAUUUCGUCCUAAUAAAGUUCUUGAAAGUCAUUGUUGAUUCUCGUUUCCCACCGCUCGAACCGCGCCGCGUACCGCCCUGUUGAGGCUCUCGUGGUGUGUGUGUGUGUGUGUGUGUGUGUGUGUGUCAGACACCCGAGAGUCUAACCAUUCACCUCUGAGGCAAGACAAGUCAGGUAGAGAAAGCCACCAACAAGUAUGAAUCUGAAGGUAAUUGAAGACGAGCAAGCAGUGGAAGUCACUGUGGUCGCGUGAUUCAUGCUGGAUGGCUUGCGUGUGACAAAAGAUUACACGUCCGUGGCGAUUUGUCUCGUUGGUAAUUGGAGUGUUUAACUGCACUGACGUCCACUCAAUACUAGAUGUUUUCUUGACUCGCUCGUGGUGUCGUGAUACUGAUGAGUGGCUGAGUGAGCGGCUGUUGGACCAGUGGCAGGUGUGUGGUCACGGGCGUGUGGUUAUAAGUCAGCUGACAGAUCUAAACACAGCCUCGCUGCGCCACCUGCUGCUGGUAACCAGAAAAAAAAAGUGUCUAUACACACACACACACACACACACACACACACACACACA